GUGUUAAGAGGUGGUGGUGGGGUUCGGGGUCCUCCAGACACACAGAGGGGGAAGUCCCCCACCAAACAGCGACAUCAUAUCCAAAUGAGCUUCCAUGCAGAAAAACAGGAGUGUUUCUCUCACGCCGUUGUCUUCAAAAACAGAUCCUCCCUUCGUCUCACAAGAGUGACGGCCUCUGGGGGGCGAUGGAUAAAAGAUGCAAAGAGGGUGAGCUGCCAGACACCUUGACCAGAUCAUGUGUGCCCUGUCGCAGAUUAUGUCAGCGACUGCCUGCAUCCCCAAGCUGUGCCGUUUACUGUGAGCCGGCACUCUGCCAGGCUAAGGCCGGCCACUACUACGACAGGCUGCUGAGGAGAUGCAUGAAGUGUGCAGAUAUUUGUGGCAAACAUCCAGCAGAGUGCUCCCCACACUGCCCGACUCAGUCACCUCUGACGCCGACCAAAAGACUCCCUUCUGAAGUUAGCAAACAGGCUGUUACCACCAACCCACCACUAGGAUCUUUGGAUCCUGCCAUGCAAUUGUACGCCCUCCUAGGUUUAUGCACAAUACUGCUGGUUUCCAGCCUGUGUCUUGCCUUGGUUGUGUUUCUGAGGAGAGGAAAGGCCAAAAACUCAAACACCAAACCCACAAGCACCAAAAACCAGAAGCAGACAAGUGCUGUUCAGCCAGGACAGGAGUCCGGCUUUCCAGAAAGUCAGACCGGAAGAAGCCUCAAAGAUUGUCCGCCCAGCUCAACCUAUCCCCCCUGCCGUGAGUCAUCAGAGGACUCCUACCCAACAGAGACCUGCGUGUGUGUCCACUGUUUCCCUGACCUGAGGGGGCUCAGCCAGGACAGCAACAGACAGCAGAGGCCUUCCUAUUCAUUCUACCAGCAGGGCAUCCUUCAUAGAGCCAACAUCCAAAACGGGGGCUCCCUGUGGAUGGGGAGCAGCCUGAGCGCUUCGGGUCCAAAGGCCCAGCAGGAGGCAGCAGUGGGAUGAGGUCCGUCUGCAAAACUAGAGCGGGAGGAUUUCUCCUUGGGAUAUCGGAGACUACUUGUUAAUGCACAGUUGACUGAUGAGGUAGUGCUCAGUGGUAAAACGCAGAACUUUGUUGGCAACCUGCAACGUUUUAGGCCUAACAAGCAACCAUUAUACUAAGAUCUAAUUAGGUCGGACACAUGAAACUAACUUUCAGGGACACUUUUACCUCAUGUUUCUCAAUACGUGACGUCUGUUAUGAAAUUCUUCUGUAUAGUUUCUCCAUGAUGACACUUAAAAUGCAGUCGAGGAGCAACAAGGCAGCUCUGGUUGCACUGGCUUGCAGGGACGUAAAAUGCCAUCACAUCUUGUCACGUUACAAACACAGCCUUAAUAGAUUUUAUUAAGAAUUUUGUGGCCAACCAACAAAAAUGAGUAAUUAGUGAAGUGAGGGUAACGUGACAAAUUGUGGGGAUAUUGCUUCUGUAAAGAUUCACUUGCUAUCAUCCAGUUUGCUUUCAGCGGUCCGACUCUAUGUAAAAUGCUUUGCUACAUUUUCAUUGGCGUCUGCUUGUCUGCCUGAGAAAACGAAACAUGACAAAU